CACACAUUUGGCAAAGUACAAGUGGACAACCUGUAAGAGAAGGACAGCUCCUGAUCUUUGUUCAAUUUAUGUAUUCAAGAACAAAUUUGCUACGAAAGCAUUAGAAUCAGAAUUGACUGAUCAAUUGUUAAUUUGCCUUCUUCUUUUUCCAUCCAUUUGUCAAGAAGGGUGAGCCAAAAUCCUGAAAUUUGUUCUUCCACAUGCAAUUGAAUUGAGACGCUCUUGAAUAAAAAUUGCUACUCUUGGCUUUUCUUGGUCAACCCAUUAGAGAUUUGGGACCAUUCUCUCCAAGAUUCAUUCUUUAUCGGUUUAUUGAGGAAGGGAGGGAAUUUUUUUUUUUUUGGGAACUUCAAGUAAGAGAUUUAUUAGGGUUCAAGAGACUCGAGUCAAGAACAUUGAUUUUUAAGUUUAAGUGGGAUUCUAUUUCAGCUGCUUUUUUUUUCCUGGCUUAGUGCAAUUUUUGGAGGCCCGUUCCUGAUUGCUAAGUGGUGUUGCAUGCAGAGAAAAUAAAUUUUUCACGAUGGGAGAUCCAAGCUCUGUACAUACAGUGGAUGAAGCCCUUUCGACUAUUGGUUUCGGAAAUUUCCAGACGGUUUUGCUUCUUUAUGGUGCACUUGGAUGGGUUGCAGAAGCAAUGGAAUUGAUGAUUCUCUCCUUCAUUGGACCUGUACUUCAGUCUGAAUGGGGACUCUCUUCUAGUAAAGAAAGCCUCAUAUCAACAGUUGUUUUUGCUGGCAUGUUGAUUGGCGCAUAUUUGUGGGGUCAUAUAUCAGACAACUGGGGAAGAAAGAAGGGAUUUCUUGGGGCAGCUAUACUUAGUGCCGGUGCUGGACUGUUGAGCGCUUUCUCACCAAAUUACAUAACAUUCGUCACUUGUCGAUUUUUUGCUGGGAUUGGUUUAGCAGCUGGAUACUUAUUUACAUCAUGGUUCUUAGAGUUUGUCCCUACUUCAAACAGAGGUUCUUGGAUGAUGAUUUUCUCAAGUUUCUGGACAGUUGGAACAAUAUUUGAAGCUUCUCUUGCAUGGUUUGUCUUGCCAAGAUGGGGAUGGAGGUUGCUACUUGUGCUGUCUUCUGUGCCAUAUUUUCUUGUGCUUCUGUUUUACAAAUGUGUACCCGAGUCUCCACGGUAUCUAAGUGCAAAAGGUAGACUGAAAGAAGCACAUGAAAUUUUGGAGAAAGCAGCACAGCUUAACCGAAUGAAACUUCCCUCUGAUACCCUUGUUUCUGAUCAAGUACAGAACUUGGAUGAAGGAUUGUCUCUUGUGGAAGAGACACAGUUGCUUUCCUCUUCGCAGAACGAACUACUUGAACCUAGAAAUAGAUGCCGGCCGCCAACCCUACUUUCACUCUUUUCACAAAAAUAUAUCAGAACAACUCUUCUACUGUGGUUUUUAUAUUUUGCAAACACAUUCUCAUAUUAUGGCGUUAUAUUGCUGACUUCUCAGCUCAGCUCCAUGACAAAUAAAUGCGGAUCAAUCACCUUCCUUUCAGUGGGAAGCCAGGAUUCUCGCCUUUAUAUAAAUGUCUUUCUUACAAGUUUGGCAGAGGUUCCUGGACUUGUUUUAGCAGCAUUUAUAGUGGACAGAGUCGGUCGCAAAGUCUCCAUGGUGAUCAUGUUUACUCUAGGUUUCAUACUCCUAUUUCCACUAGUAGCCCAACAAAAUGGAGUAUUGACUACAGCUUUGUUGUUUGGAGCACGCAUGUUUGUUUCAGCUACCUUUGAAGUUGCUUGUGUUUAUGCCCCGGAGGUAUAUCCUACUGAUAUCAGAGCAAGUGCCGUCGGGCUUACAACUUCUAUGGGAAGAAUUGGUGGCAUGCUAUGCCCUCUUGUUGCCGUUGCGUUGGUCAGUGAUUGCCAUCAAACAGCAGCAGUUUUUCUGAUCUUGCAAUGCAGCACUCUCUGUGCAUUUUUGCCAUUUCUUGUCUGAGUCCGUGCAUCAGCCCGUAGUUGAAUAGAUCUCUUUAAGAAUGUGUGGUGUUGUGCCUCAAUAAAUUUUCAUUUGGGCAAAAUAUGUUUUUCUUAGUUGCCAUCAGUGUCCCCUGUUAUCUCCCUUGCUCCUAUUACUUCAGACUUGAAAGUAGUUUAGGAUUUUGGAUCCCUGUUUGUUCUCGUCUUUCUAUACUACCAUAACGUUGAGACUUGAAAGCAGUUCAGAAUUCAUACGUC